AGUCGCCAAAAACCGAAAUUUCCUUCCGCAGCCACGAGCUUCUCCCCCCCCCCCCAAUCCGCCUCUCGCAUCCGCACCCGCGCAUCUCCUCGUCCCUGAGCAGGAGAGCAGCAGCCUCUCGUGUGGACCGCUCCCAUCCCCGCCGGUUUCAGUAUGGCUUCCUUUGCCCGAAGCGCCGCCAACACGGAAAAUGCCCUGUCGCGGGCCUCCAGCCAUGUAAGCCGCACGCAUGGCCGAUCGCCCGCAUACCGGAGGUUAGCCUCCCAGCUCUCCCAGGCCGCGAACCGCCCCGUCACCGCCGCACCGUCGGGCGCUGUCACGGGCGCCAUCCUCUCUCCCUUGCGAUCACAUUUUCUCCCCGCCGAGUUGCGCCUCACCUUCUCCCCGGUAAGCCAGGCCCGGCAAUUCCACAUCACCGGCCGGCGUCCCCAGGAAGACAAGUCCAAGGCGGAGGCCAAGGACGACUCCAAGGCCAAGCCUACUCAGCCUGAGGCCGAGUCUGACAAGAAGCCUGAGGAAGAGGAGGCUAAGAAGUCGGAAGAGGGUGAGAAUGGCGAAAAGUCCGAAGGCAAGGGCGGCAAGGAGGAAGGCAAGGAGAAGAAGGAGGAUCUUCCCCCGCCCCCUCCUCACGGUGACAAGACUCCUUGGCAGGUCUUCAUGGAGACUAUGAAUACCGAGUUUCAAGCGUCCAAGGAGUGGAACGAGUCGACCAAGCAGAUCGGCGCCGCCGCCCACCAGUUCUCCGAGAGCGAAUCAGUCCGCCGAGCCCGCGAAGCGUACGAGAAGUCGACGGGAGCCGUAUCCUCGACCGCUGCCAAGGCCGUCAAGGGCACCGCUGGCGCCAUCGGCAAGGGCGCUGCCUGGACAUGGGACACUUCCGUCAUGAAGGGCGUCCGCAAGGCCGCCAACGUGACUGGCGACGCAGUGGACAAGGCAACCAAACCCAUCCGCGAGACGGAGGCGUACAAGAAUGUAAAGAACGUCAUCGACGACGGCAGCUCGUCGAGGUACGGCGGCUGGGUCGAGAAGGAGGAGCGGAGAAAAAAGAGGGCAGCGCUUGAGGCACAGCGCGGUGCCACUGGCGAGGUGAUGCAGGAGGACCCGGAGGCUGGUACAAACAUCACGCUCCACAAGGACGCCGCCUGGAAAGAGGCGUGGAGAGAUUUCCGCGACCAGAACAAGUUUGUGCAGGGUCUAUUCAGCAUGAGGGGCAAGUAUGAGGAGUCGGAGAAUCCCUUGAUCUCGACUGCCCGCAGCAUCACGGACCGCAUCGGCGGGUUUUUCGCGGAGAACGAGACGGCCAUGGUCAUCAAGAAGUUCCGCGCCAUGGACCCCAACUUCCAGGUGGAGCCCUUCCUCCAGGAGCUCCGCGAGUACAUGCUGCCGGAGGUCCUGGACGCCUACGUCAAGGGAGACACGGAGACGCUGAAGCUGUGGCUGUCGGCGGCGCAGUACUCGGUCUAUGAGGCGCUGACCAAGCAGUACCUGCAAGCGGGCAUGAAGUCAGACGGGCGGAUCUUGGACAUCAGGAAUGUGGACAUCCUUCGCGCCCGCAUGCUGGAUCCGGGCGAGGUGCCCGUAUUCAUCAUCACCUGCCGCACUCAGGAGGUGCACGUGUACCGCAACGCGAAGACAAACGAGCUCGCGGCAGGCAUGGAGGACAAGGUGCAGCUGGUGACGUACGCCAUCGGCAUCACACGCGUGCCCGAGGACGUCAACAACCCCGAGACGAGAGGCUGGCGCUUGAUUGAGAUGCAGAAGAGUGGCAGGGACUGGUACUAAAGAACAACACCGAGCGUUUUCCCCCUUCCGCCACGGCGGACGGGGCUGUUUCGACUGGCGAAUGGAGGGUAGCAUACUUUGCGCUGUGUGAAUACUGUAUAAUACCUCUUUGCAUGUACGGGGAGGAGGGUGGAAGGCCCGGUACGGCCCUGUAUGAUGACGAGGGUGUCGAAGGAGGAUAUGGGAUGGGCAUGUCACAAACUAACAAGCAACGCCACACACACCGCUCUUGCUCAGGGUCUCUGCGGCAGAAGAGAGACUCUUGUACGAUUGGAAAGGGGAAGGGGGUCGUCGGGGGAUCUAGUUGAAUCAAGUGGAUCGGAAGGGCUGGAGCAAGUCUGAUAGACGACAUGUAGACGCCGAUUAACAUUACGGACAAUUGUAAUCGCCUUAAAUCCGUCUGAUAUAAAUGUUAAGCAUUGUCUUAUCUAG